AUGGUGUCGCCGGGCGCUUCAAGCGCAUAUGCCGACGCUCGCGACACCAAUGCAGAGGACCCCAUCCUCUCUAUCAGCAGCACAGAGUCGGACUCCGACGAUUCCCUGUGCUCUUCGAUGGACGCUCGCCAGGCGCGGCUGCCCCACGGCGCCGCCGCAGCCGCGGGUGCGCCAUGGUGGUGGCGCAUCGCGGUCAAGCGCGCCCUCGGCGCCAAGCCGCGCUCGGGCGCUGGCGGCGCGCGCAGCGUCGCCUGGGGCGCCGCGGCGGCGCUGGGGCCCUCGCCGCUGGCGGAGGUGCGGCUGGUGGCGGGGCCGCGCGCGUCGGAGCCCGACGCCCUGUCGUCGGCGGGCAGCGAGGACGCAGCGCGAGAUGGGGCGGACCAGCCCAAGCAGCGGCCUGGCGGCCAGGCCACGCCCCGCUGGCGCGCGCGGGGGCAGCACCGCCUCCAUCAGCAGCUGCACAGCGGCUUCCGAGACGUGCAGCAGCAGCAGCAGGUGGAGGAGGUGCCCCUCCUACCCCACCCGCAGCAUCCGCGCGCCGCCGCCUGCGACGCCGAGCGCGGCGCCGCGGCGCCCGCGGCGGGGCGCGCGCCUGCGGCAGCUGCGGCGGCGCUCGCGCCGAGCGCGCACUACCUGCCCGGGGUGCGGUACCACACUGAGUGCAUGCCGCGGCGCUGGUGGUCCGCGCUGGGCUGGGAGGUGCUGGGCAUAAUGUCGCUCAUCGGAUACAUGGCCAUCCCAUUGCACUUCACCAUCAUCUUCCUGCGCGCUGUCACCGGCGACGCCCGCGCGGCGGUGUUUGGCUCCGCCAUCCUGGCGACGCUGCUGCUGCCCGCCAAGCCGCUGAUGUGGGCGCCGUUCCUGGAGUGGGUGCUGCUCAAGUCGAUCCGUCAGUACUUUGACUACUCAGUCUUGGUGGAGGACCCCCCCGCGCUGGAGCAGCGCGCGAUCUGGGCGGGUGAGGCGCACGGGCGCGGCGCGGCGAACGGCGGCGCGGGGCGCGGGGCGCGAGCGGCGCGCCGCGCCGAAUACCCCCACGGCGUGUUCCCCCUGUCCCAGCUGCUGGCCGUCAGCCUCAACCCCACGCGCUGGCCGGGCCUGCGCGCGCACUCCGUCGGGGCCAGCGUGCUGUUCAGGGUGCCGCUCUGGCGCCAGAUGCUCGGCUGGAUGGGCAUCCGGCCCGCCAGCAGGCACCACUUCACGCGGCUGCUGCUGGACAAGGGCGCAGUCAAGGUCAACCCUGCCACGACAACCCCGCCCUGGUAG